ACACCUCCGCCAGCGAAGUGGAUGUGUCCAUAUUUCUUCCUCCUCGCCGAGCUCACUUGAUUACACUCUUCGCCUCCGUUCCAUCGGCAAGAGGGGAAAUUAAACCAAUAAGACCGAGUGUGUGACGUGUGUGGAUAUCUUAUUUUGUAGUCUCCUUUCGCAAAACAAGAUGGAGUCUUACAGCUACGAAGACUUAAACGCCUCCUUCAGCUUGGAGGAGCCGCUUUUCAGCACCUCCGAGUCCAUCGACACUCUGUGCGAAACCUACCUCAACAACAUGGAGACCUACUCCUCCGGUGCCAAGCAUUCACAGAAAAGCCUCUUUGAGGAGAUGGAAGCCUUCUCCAAGAUGGAGAUUCACGAAUGGAGGGGUGAGGAGUGCGUGGACUGGGCCGGCAGUGUGUGUCGUCGCCAGGGUCUGGACCAGACCACCGUCGACCUGUGGGCCUUCAGGAACACCUCGGGCAGCCUCCUUCAGCAGUACUCCCUUCAGGACUUCUGCUCGCUCGUCGGAGACAUCUAUGGGCCUCUGUUUUUCAACGAGCUUCAGGCACUCCGAAAACGCAGCGCAGGUUGCAGAAAGGCCCAUGAGUCAGGGAUGUCUCUCUACGGCGGCGGCGACAACUCCCCGGAAAUGGGCUACCCGAGCGACGCGUGGGACCUCACCAGCGAAGACAUCCAGGAGCUGGACCGCUACAUCCGCCACGAGGAGAACUGGGAUCCUUUGGUGGACAGUCUGCAGUACAUGGACCUUCAGGAGCAGUUUGGACCAAUUAAAUACGAGGAGCCGGCGCUGUGUCCCGAACCCGUGGCCAUGAUCUCGGCCAGCGCAGACGCCAAAGGAGCUAGCGAUCCACUCAAGAAAAUCAGACCGGAAGCCAAGAAGAGAGAACGCGGCCCGAAGAACUGGGAGUUCGUGAUCCGCCUCUUGGCCGACCCGAGCACCAACCCCUCGCUCAUCCGCUGGGAGGAUCAGAGCGAGGGCACCUUCCGUCUGGUGCAGCCCACGACCAUCGCCAAGAUGUGGGGCCAGCGCGCCGACAAACCCAAUCUUUCUUAUGAUAACUUUGCUCGGGGAUUGAGAUACCACUACUCGACCGGCGCCCUUCAGCCAGUGUCCGAGAAGCAGCUCGUCUACCGCUGUGGACCGAAAGCUCUUAAAUAUUACAUCGAGCUGAAGCGUGGUCAGUGCUAGUUGCAGCGCUAGCGUGACCACUGCUAGUUCGCGGGUAUUUUUUUCGAGGAACGCGUUGAGUUUUUGUUUGUUGUUAUUUUCUCUCGCCCAAUCUUCCCAUCUUCUUUGACAUUGUUGUUGUUGUUUAGUUCUGUUUAUUUUAUAGCUCCAAGGUAUCGAUUCUGCGUUUGCUCUACUCGUACUUCUUUCAACCUUUGCUCAUAUCUCGUUUCUCCCUUGUCAUUCUCUUAUCGCUCGUUUUAGAUGAUUUAAGCGCUAGAUAUAACCCUAAAUCAUCCCUUACACCUUAUCCACUAAAACUUUUUAGUCACCCUGUUACUUACUCCCCAACUUUUCAUCCUCAUGCUUUCUCAUUUCUCAUUUCCUCUUUCUAAAAUAUCUCUUUUCUUCCUGUCACAUCUAUCGAUUCACAAUGCCAGUGUUAAUACAACCCAAAGAUUAAAGAGCAAUAUAUUGAAACGGAAGAAGAAGAAGAAAAAAGAAACAUAGGCAGCAUAACGGUUAUAAGACUUGAGAAAAAGACAUACUAUCUUCACACUUUCCCCUUGAUACUCACUAGGAAAUUUGUGAAAGCUGUUCACCCUCUCACGGCGCUUCCUCUCGGGGUCACGUCUGUACCUGAAAUCUUUUGUUAUGCUAUUUUGUUUUGUAUUUAUUUAAGAUACUUCAACGAGGAAGUACGCUCGAAAAUAUGGCAGUCCUAUACACUAUGUAUUAUAUAUAUAUAUAUAUAUAUAUAUAUAUAUAUAUAUGUAUGUGUGUGUGUGUGUGUGUGUGUGUGUGUGUGUGUGUGUGUUUGUAUGUGUAUAUAGCUAUUUAUGGCAUUUAUAAGUGCUUGAUAUCUUUAUCCAUAUUAUAUUCACAUUUAUGUAUCUCACUUGCAUUCCACCACAUACUUAUCUUAACCUGAGGAAUCCUUUUUGGCCACAUACACAAACCCUGAACCUAUUGUGUGUGACAUAUGGGGUACAGUUUUUUUUUUUCUAGGAUGUCACAUUAGACAGUAGACAUCAUGAGCCUUCCUUUUUAAUCGAUGAUCUAAUCACCGUAUUUAAUUAAUUUAUUUGUUUCUGCGUAGCUAGGUAUUUAUACUAUAAUUUAUUGUCAUAUCGGCUGUGAUAGGUUAAGACUAUGCUUGAUAAACAGACCACGUAUGUACGUACCUUCUAGGAAGGAUGAAUACAGUGCGUCAGGUCUUCUCAGAAUGUAUUUCCUUGUGGAAAGAAAUGUAAUAAACUGUUUAUAUAAAAA